CUGUGAGUAUUUUACGAUUCCGAAGUAUUCGUUCCGAUUAUAUAUUAUUUAAGGUCCGAUAUGUGGAUCAAAAUUCACAAGAAAAGAUAACACCACCAAACAAAACCAUACAGCAAAAAAAUCACCAUGGCCAAAUCUCAUGUAGUCUUCAUCUCAACUCCUGGAAUCGGAAACCUUGUCCCACUCGUCGAGUUUGCUCAGCUCCUUGUCAAUCAUGACCGUCGUUUACACGCCACCAUCCUCAUCAUCACCAUGUCCCAAAGGCCCAUCGUCAACGCUUACAUCCAAUCCCGUGUUGCCACGUCAACUAGCAUCACCUUCCUCCCCCUGCCUCCGGUGGACCCGCCCUCGCCGGACCAGUACAGGUCCACCAUGGGCUACAUAUCCCUACUCAUACAAAACCACAAAUGGCACGUAAAGAAUGCAAUCACCAAACUCAUGUCAUCCGACUCGGCCGAGUCAAAAUCAUCUAACUCGGACCAGGUUGUAGGGUUUUUUGUUGACAUGUUUUGUACUUCCAUGAUUGACGUUGCUAACGAGCUUGGCAUUCCUUGUUACCUGUAUUUUGCUUCCCCAGCAACUUUUCUGAGCUUUAUGCUCCACUUACCAUUCUUGGAUGCCCAAAACCCCGCUGAGUUCGUUGACAUGGGCACCGAGUUGAGCAUACCGGGUUUUGUCAACUCGGUGCCACCACUCGUUUUGCCUACAGCUGUGUUGAAUAAGAAGGGAGAUGCAUACUCGUGGUAUCUAUCCCAUGCGCUAAGGUACACCGAAACAAAGGGUAUUGUUGUGAAUACGUUUAGAGAACUGGAAUCGCAUGCACUUGACUCGUUGGAUACAAGUCAAGUGCCGCAGGUUUACCCAAUCGGGCCGGUUCUUGAUCUUUAUGAACCGACCCAAAAGCGGGAUUUAAACCAAUAUGAAAGCGUCAUCAGGUGGCUCGAUGACCAGCCCUCAUCAUCGGUCAUGUUGUUGUGCUUCGGAAGCAUGGGGAGUCUCAGUGGACCUCAGGUGCGGGAGAUAGCAUAUGGGCUUGAACGUGCCGGGGUCCGAUUCCUAUGGGCAUUACGUGAGCCGCCCAAGUCCCAAUUGGAUCUCCCAAGCGACCACGCGAACGUGAAAGAUGUUUUGCCCAAUGGGUUCUUGGAGCGGACGCGUGAAUUGGGCAUGGUGUGCGGGUGGAUCCCACAAGCGAAGAUCUUGGCCCACCAAUCGAUCGGAGGGUUCAUAUCGCAUUGUGGUUGGAACUCGAUUUUGGAGAGCUUGUGGUACGGCGUACCGAUUGCCACGUGGCCGAUUUACGCGGAGCAACAAAUGAAUGCCUUUGAGAUGGUGAAGGAAUUGGGAUUGGCGAUUGAGAUUAGGUUGGAUUAUAGAGAGGGUAGUGAUUUGGUGACGGGAGAGGAGGUGGAUAGAAGCAUAAAGCGGUUGAUGAACGGUGGUGAUGUGGUGAGAGGUAGGGUGAAAGAGAUGAGAGAGAAGAGUAGGAUUGCUUUGAUGGAAAAUGGGUCUUCAUACCAAGCCCUCGGAGUUUUAAUCAGAAACUUAGUGCCCAAGACACGAUGCCAAUAGCAAUUCGUCCUCUUGUAUUUUUUUCCGUUUUAAAUAAAUUUUUAAUUACAAGUUGUCAAUUUCUCCAUUGUACUGUUUUUUUUUUUUUUAAUAAACAAUAGUAUUAACACUAAA